CCGGCCGCGGCUUUAAAGGAGUUGAACGGUCCCCGGCUCGCCCCGCGCCAGGCUUGUCGGUGAGCGCGAGGAGCCCUCGGGGGGCCGCGAUGCUGGCCGACAGCCUGGUGGAGGAGUUCGAAAUCCGCGAGGAUGAGCCCUGGUACGACCAGCAGGACCUGCAGCAAGAUCUGCAUCUUGCUGCUGAGCUUGGGAAGACAUUACUGGAUCGUAACACAGAACUGGAAGAAUCUUUGCAGCAAAUGUAUGCAACUAAUCAAGAGCAACUACAAGAGAUAGAGUACCUUACAAAGCAAGUAGAGCUCUUGCGUCAGAUGAAUGACCAGCACGCCAAGGUCUAUGAACAGCUGGAUGUUACCGCAAGAGAACUAGAGGAUGCUAAUCAAAAACUCGUUGUAGAUAGCAGAAUGUCACAACAAAAGAUACUCAGUCUGACAGAGACUAUUGAAAACCUGCAAACCCAUAUAGAUGACCUUCAGAGACAAGUAGAGGAAUUAAAGAAAUCAGGACGAGGCCACAAGAACCAUGAAAGAUCUGAGCAACCGCGAUCCGUGCACAGUGUCUCCUGUUUGAAGGAGCUGUAUGAUCUUCGCAAGUAUUUUGUUUACGAUCAUAUUUUUGCAGAAAAAAUUACUUCAAUGGAUAGUCAGCUGAGUCCCAUAGAAGAAGAAAAUGAGAACUUAAAAAAGGCACUGACUGUAUUACAAGCACAACUUAAUCUAGAAAAAGAGAAGCGAGUGACAAUGGAAGAGGAGUAUCAUCUUAUGGUAAAGGAGAACUGUGACCUUGAACAGAGGCUGGUUGAUAAAGACUUAUACCGGGCUCGGGCAGAGGAGCUUGAAUUGGAAGUGGCUGAAAUGAGGCAGAUGUUUCAGUCUGAAAAUACAUUUGUCAGCAGUAUGGAGAAUAUGGUUCCAGAAUCAUUUUAUAUCUCAUUUAAGGAGUCUUUAGAAAGGGAAAUUAAUCAGAGCCCUUCAGAAGAUGCAUUCUUGACUGUCCCCUUACUUGAUAAAAGGGCUCUAAAAAGAAGUAGCAGUGAGACCUUCCUAAGCAGUGUUGCCGGUGGAGACCUUCUAAUGGGCCAUGAAGAAACUUGUAUUAGAAGAGCAGAAGCUGUGAAGCAGCGAGGUAUCUCCUUGCUUAAUGAAGUGGAUGCUCAGUAUAAUGCUCUGAAGGUUAAAUAUGAGGAACUUCUGAAGAAAUGUCAAAUGGAUGAAGAUUCUUUGAAACAUAAGGCUGUACAAACAUCAAAACAGUAUUCCAAACCAUUAGCUGCUGAUCAAGAGUAUGGAAAUGUUGAACUAAGUGGCUCGCCCACAAAUACUCUACCUGAGUAUAAAGCUCUCUUUAAGGAAAUUUUUAGUUGUAUCAGAAAAACAAAGCAGGAAAUAGAUGAACAUAGAACAAAAUAUAAGCGUUUCUCUUCUCAGCCCUAAUGCUGGUAUGUAUUAAUUAUGCUAAUGACCUCCCACUAAAAAGUUUUGUAUUAGUCUAGAAGGGAAACAUUAAGUAUCCCUCUGGUGUUUGUACGUAUCUUGCUGUCACAUGUACUCCCUUCAAUUUGAAUGUGUGUUCACUUUACCUGUAAAUAUGUAUGAUGUGGUCAGUCAGUCAGCUCUAUUUCUGUGUACACGAUGACCUGUGCCACACAGAAAAUAUUAUUGUUCAGUGGUAGUUGUUGGCAGUCUUAAAAAUAGAAAUUUUGGCCUAAUUUUUGCAUACUAGGUUUGUCCUGUCCUCUGUAGCAGCAACCGACUCAGUGCGCUACAGAAACUGGAGAGCUAAGAAGAAAUUGUAUUAUACUUUCUCCACAGUUGGAAAUGUUUUCCUUCACAAAUGAAGGUUUUGUUCCAUCUUGGCCUUGCAACUUUUUGUGUACUAAAAUCACCAAUGGUAUACUUCUGCUUCUGACUGAAAUUAGCAGUCUGUCUGAACAGAUGUGCCCUGGCAGUAAUAAGGGGUAUUGGCAUAGCAACCUAUACAAUGCUUAACUUAAGCCAAUACCAAGCUUUCAUGUGCACUAAACUUUCUCCUUUUAGCAGAAAUGUCUUUAUCUUAAAAAGGGAUUAGAUGUAAAGUAUGAAUAUUUCAGAAAGUUCAGUGUUUAGGGCACUGUUUUAAGGCAAGAUACUGUGAACUAUAUUUGUCUUUGAUCUAUUGUUCCUUAUUGAUACUCUUAAAGUGCAUUUUUGUCAUUUGAUAAGAUGGAAUGUUACAAGUUAGCUAGCUAAUCUUUGUGGUAGCUUUGAUAUGGAGGAAUGGCUUUCUUUAAUGCCUCCGACCUGUUUUUAAAGGAGACAGGAGAAGUUCAGGUGGUGGUGUACAUCACUUUACACCAUUUUAGGUCAAGCUUGUUUAGACCUAUUUAGUAGCAGCAGGAAAACAACAACUCAAAACACUAAUUUAAGAACCAGAAUAUAACACAUAAGAACUGGGGCCAAGGUAAGUUAAACCUCUCUUUGCUCCUUCCCAUUCAUUCCAUCCAUCUUUCCUAAUAAAAUAAAAAUUGCAUGACCAACUUCAACUAAUGAAAACACAGACUAUAGAGGAACACUGCAUCAAAUGGGAGGAAGAAAGACAGGAUAUGGCAAUGGCUGAGAAGCCAAGAAAGAAUGGAAACCAGAUAACAGCACUAAAAGAUUCUGAUAAUUUUACAAGAGUAGGGACGCAGCUUAACUUUUUAAAGUGUUAACAUCAGUGGUUGCUGUGGAAUAAAAACUGUCCCCUAGAUAAAUCAAAGUGUUGGUACAUGAUGUUAGACUUUAUAGUUCUAAUUAAAUUGUCUGCCAUCUGUGUAAUGUAAGCUAGUCUCCAGUUAAUUUAUACUUGUCCUUCAGUAAGAGUAUUCAGUUUUCAAGUUGUGGACACUUCAACUGUAAGCAGUUGUGUACUGAAAUAAAUACCUAUUAAAAAAAUUCUAAAUUAUGAAUAUUUUUCUAAACGGCAAAUAAAGCCAUGCAGGUAAAGUUACUGGAUCUCUGCUGCUAAUUUUUGUCCAACUAUGUGAAACAUGGAAAAAAGGGGUUAUUGAAGUCCAUGCAAAUGGUAUCUGUGUUAAAUAUAGCUUCAUCUCCCCCCGCAUAAGUCACCUUUGCUUAGAUGGGAAAUAAAUUCAUUAAAGACUUGAGAUGUGUAGGCAAGGGGAUGGGUUAAUCUCUCCUUUCUAUUAUAUUGCUUCUCUCCCCGCUCCACAAUCUCCUGUCUGCGACAGUGUUGUUUCCUUGUACCUGUUCUUCUUGCAUCAGCUCCUUUUUAUACCUUACAUAUUGCUUGGCUUCCCUAUACCCUUUGGAUGAUCUCCUGGGGAUGACUGUCUGUUAGCCUUGUUACAUAAUGAGUAGAGAUAUCUAAUGCAGGCAGUGGUACAAAACUAGAGCACCACCAAAAUAUCUGCUGUCAUGAGAAGUUUCUUUUAAAAAGGAAGGUCAGUCACUAUCAGUUCCUCAAAAAGUAUGCAUCCAACUUUCAAAUAUUUGGCUGUUCUGUAUAGCACCAUACAACACUGUUAGCACUCUGUAUGAUGAAGCCAAGUUAACUUUGAAUUUGAUUCUCAGGAAAGGCAAAGAUGACUACUUUUUUGGUAAAUGAUGCUUGCAUAUUAUUGUGGAUUGUAUGCUGGAAAAGAUGCAACAAAUACUAAUUCUAUUCCUGAAUGCUGCUACUUUUGAGAAACUUUAUGGAUACAGUUAUAGCUAGGCAUAUAUAGAAUAGUCAUUGAGUACAGUCAAUAUUGUUACAAACAAGCAAUCAUCUUAAAAGAAUCCAGAAAAGGGAAAAUAAAACAGCUAACUUAAAUAUGCACAUAACUUCAGAGGCACCAAUGAGUUUGAAGCUAGUUUGUUCUUGCUGGAUGUAUUUUCCUGUGCUAGUAAUGAAAUAUACAUGAGUUUUAGCCAUUCAAAAAUUAGGGCAGAAGGAUCUUGUCCAUGUAUCUAGUAAAUUACUUGCUACUUAUUUAAGUUCUAGCAGUUAAAACAGAUUAAUUUUGUUAUUUUAACCAGUCUAUUCUACCUUAGAGCCUCACUUAUGGUUGUCAAUUGUUUAUACAAGACAAGAUGAAGCUACAGCUGCAUGCUCAAAUCUUAUCUUCAGUCCAAGCAGAGUGAAGAGUAAACAAGAAAUGGUAAAAACACACUAUACUUAUUAAAAAUUAGUUCCCACAUCCCCUUUCCUCGUUGCACCUGCUCUUAAACUUAAGUCAGGUUAUGAAAUUCUUAUGGCAGAGUAUGAUUUAUUUGAACAGGGCCUGCUUCUUCUACUUAGAGAUCCUCUAUAAGGUUCCCUGUAAUCUUCAUGUCCAUGUGGGUGCACAGUCCUUUUCUGAGUCCUCCAUAUAGGUUCAGAACUCCAAGCACAGGCAGGGAGCUCAGCUCUUCGGCUGGGGAAGGGGUGGCAGGACACUUGUCCGCAGAGGAGCAGAAGCAGCAGCAGCUACUGUCUGCUAUAAAUGAAGAAGGUGGUUCUAGCCUGUACGCCAAGGCUGGGCAAAAGAUUAUCUACAGGCCAGAUCUAGCCCUGAGAGCCUCAGUUGGCUCCCUGCCUUAUUCCUCAAAAAAUGAGGUUUACAGGAUCUUGCCCAAAAGUUUUUUUCCCCCCUGACAAAUGGCCCCCUCUACAUGGGGCUUUUUAGCAGCAAAACCUCUUUUGCAAAAACGAUCAGCAGAAGAUAUGCAAAUGAGAGCAUAAUUUGCAUAUUUUCUGCCACAAAAAAUGGCAGUAUCGAUGUAGCCUGAGAGCUUGGAGGGAGGGGAGUCAGGCUUUUAUUACUGCCCCUGCCAACAGUAGUUCCCAGUGGCUGGUUUCAAUCAGUAGCAGCUGUCUGGUUUUAGGACAGGCAGCAUGUGAAGUGCCCCUAUGCCCUCAGCCUCUAGGCUCACAGCAUUCAGUUCAGAGCAAUAAACAUGGCUCCUUCAGCUCCCCAUAGCAUGUACAGGAGCUGGAAGGCAGGGACCCUGGCUAAGGAACCUGCUAGGCUAAUGGCUGGGAGCCAGGUAAGGUCUCCCAGACAGAGCCGCCCUCUGCCUCCCAUCCCAUGUAACCCAAGCCUUCUGCACCCCUGCUCCAGCCUCCAUAUACCUUCCCAGACACUGCAUCCCCUCCCUCAGGUCACAACCCCUGCUCAGACUUUGCACCUCAAUCCACCAUCCCUGGUCACAGCCCAAAUCCCUGCACCCACUCCUGCCUGAGGUCACAACCUUCUCCCAGGCCCUGUACCCCCUCCGUACCCCCACUCUGUUGCCCCAGUUCACAAUCCACUACUUCACUCAACCCCCCUCCGAGAUCCCAUACCCCAGUAUUUUAUCCCAAACUCCCUUCUGCACCCAACCUUCAUCCCAGCUGGAAGAGUGCAGCUCUUGACCACUUACUAAAUUCUUGUAGUGGCCCACCAUCAAAUAUUCCCCACCUCUGUGUUAAGGGGCUUAAGGAAAGAAAAAAGAAUCUUUCUCUAACAAUUUUUUUGGAGUGUUGCAGAUAUCUAAAAUUAUUUUUUUAAAUCCUGUGUUACUAGUUAAUACAUGAUAAACUGUAUUUCUGGCUCUUAUGAGUCAGCAGUAUCAGGUACUAGGUGUGAUGCUAGCUGUCCUGUAGCAUUUGACUAACACAUAUAAAUAGUAUCUUGAGCUUUCGUGGGCACAACCCACUUCUUCAGCAAAGGGUAGUGUUGAUUUUUUUUUAAUUUCAUAUUAAAUAAUCAUAA